AUGGCCCACGGUACGAUGCAGGGACCCAACGAUGCGAAAAAUCUCCGUAGCGCCGACGGCGUCGCCGGGACCCCGAAUCGCACCGCAAAGACGGUGCCUACGAAUACUUGUCGUGUCUAUCCCACACAUUCCCGAGCCCGACAUCCGCUCCAACGAAGACGCCCGGCCUCAACUGCCCCAAUUCCCCAGCCUUCGCAGCUUCGUAGAACGGUGGGAAGACCGAAGGUGCCCUUGAUGCGCCCUGACUUUCGCACCCAUUGCGAUUUAAACUUCUACCGCAGGACGACGGGAGGCUACAUGCCCAGGCGAACCCGGCCGGCCGACCCAACAAAUAGGUUACCGUCUCCGAGUCGCGCCGCGCCGCCGAUUCAAGUAUCGCAAUGGCGUUGGGCGCUACACGGUCAACAUCCGUUGUUGGGAGGAAACCCGAUAGCUCCCAAACCCUUGGGUGCAAUCUCAACAUACAUACUGUUUCCUUUUUGA